UGUUAUUGACAUAAAGAAAUUUAGCCUCGUGGCAGGUUAUAAAAAGGGGAGAUCAGUGGCGCAUUAAGGAAAAUAAACGUGUAAUCAGCUCGAGACUGACACUGGGCUUCUUGUGGAAUUGCAACCUGUGUGAAAACAUGGCGUUUUUUGUAGUGAAAAGUAUUAUUUCUUUUUUCGUUUUCCAAGUUGCCGUUAGGAACGUUAUGUGUGCUGUGGAUCGCACAGUAGAAGCAAAGGUGUCUGGUACGGCCGUAGUGGAGGCCGUAGUGGACCGCAUUCAAAGUUCUGGCAUAUUCCCCGAUGACAAAUUAUUUCUGAGGAGAAUUGCUUACGUGGAGUCCAAAGAUGGGACUGACUCAAAUACGUACCGGGACAAUUAUUUUGGGGGUAUUUGGCAGGUUGAUAGAAUCGGCUUCGAAUCGACACAGGACACAUCUAGCCACCCGGGUCUAACAUCAAAAUUUGAAGCGAUAAGGACAAAAUUUAACAUCGACUGGACAACGGUCUCAUGGUCGGACCUCCAGAAGCCGCUGUAUUCUGGUCUCGCUGCAAGAUUGUUCCUUUCCAACAUAAACCAAGUUAUCCCCCGCGACAUUAGUGGCCAGGCAACGUACUGGAAAAGGUAUUAUAACAGCAACAGUGGAGCGGGGACAGAACAGAAAUUUAUAGACGACGUUACAGAAUUAGAGAAACAAUCAAAGUGCGACAUUCUACGCGCUGAUCUGGUAUUUGUGCUGGACUCCUCUGGCAGCGUAGGUGCCAGUAACUUUCAACAGAUGCUCACUUUUGUCCAGAAUGUCGUGAACUCAAUGGAAGUGGGUUUGGAUAAGAUCCGCGUUGGUUUGAUUAAGUACAGUAGCUCGUCGCUAAUCGAGUUCGAUCUCAAUGACUACACCAACAACGCGUCAGUUAUUCAACGUAUUGGUAAUGUUAACUACAUAGGCGGCGGUACAGCAACACAUUUGGGACUUUCAUCUCUUGUCAACGUUAUGAAAAGUUCGGGACGCCAGAACGUGACGGGAACUCCACAGAUAGGUAUAGUCAUCACAGACGGCAGAUCCAACAGCAAACCGCUCACUGUUCAGUAUGCCGAACGUGUACACGAGAAUGAUAUCAUCGUGUUUGCUGUAGGAGUUACGACCGGCAUUGAUUAUAGCGAGCUUCAGAGCAUUGCAUCUGAUCCAGACUCAAAAUAUGUUUUUGACUUGACUGAUUUCACAGACUUCAGCAGCUUUAAGUCCGAGAUAGAAGCUCGCACCUGCAAGGUUUCAACAGAGGUGAAUGCCGAAGCAGAAAUAACAGGUACACUGAAGAAAGACCAAGCUGCCUACUUUACGUUCGCAGCAUCUGUGGAGUCAGGGGCAACUAUUAAGGUUGCUAUGACCGCUGGGCAGACAAGUAUGUAUGCGUCCUAUACCACAAGCAAUCCAAGCCCUGCUUUUUAUGAUCAUAAACUCGACAGCGACACAAGCAAGGGUUUUUACGAUUUCUACAUUCCACCUCCUCCCUCCCUCUCUCGCGUCAGACGUGAUGUUUCUAACUCCACCGCCAACUCCACCGUUUCACUUUAUACUUCCAUCUAUGGAACAGGCACAGGCGACACCAACACCUUCAAGAUAACCAUGUAUGUCGGUCAGGAAAACUUCGGAGGAAGUGGAACCGUAUCUGGAUGUUUGAAAAACAUUGCCUUGGCAGUGUUGCUCUGCAUGAUGGUGUAUUCUUAAACAGAGCAUGAAGAAUGAGACUACUCCAUGAAAAAGCCUUACUUCUUAGCUGUUGAAAAUCCGAGCUGAAAAGAAAAAUCAAUAUCAUUUCAGACAUUGUGGAAGACUGAUUAAUUUUAUGGCUUCUGUGCGUUAAAUGACCCAGGUUUUUGAACGUGCGCGUGUGACAUUAUUGUUCAAUAGAAUUUUUAAGUAAUAGAAAAUUAACGCUGAGUAGGUAUGUGCUGGACGAAAUUCAGGACAAGAAAAUUUUUGUGAAGCUUACUUAAGUUUAUACUUGUGUACAUAUUUGAUAACACGUUGCUUUAAUCCUUUUUUUGCAAUUGUAGGCUACAUAUGCCAGCCUUAACACAUCGCAUUUACUUAUAAGAUAUCUCUUCCAUAGGUGAAAUAUUUUAUGUAAUAUGUCCAGAUUUAGGAAAUUGAUAAACUGAUUGCUGUGCAUUAAUGAAUUGUGAUAUCUGUUUUAUAUAUUGAUAUAUUUUUAUAUUUCAUGUUUUUCAUUGUGAUUUAAGUAGUUGCGUGCAUUGAACAUAAAUAAAUAUACUAAAGGAAA